AUGGAUGUUAGUGAAAUUUCAUUAAAAACAACUAUAUUUGGGUCGAUAUAUGAAUUACCAAUCCUAAUUGCCACAUCUGCUUGCCAUUGUCUUGCUCAUGUUGAUGGUGAAGUUGCCACAGCUCGUGCUGCAACUGAAACUCAAUGUAUUUUUACUUACAAUUCGACGUUUUCAAAUAUGCCAGAAGAAAAAGUUCUACAAACACUCGGUCCAAAAUUUUUACAUAUUUAUUUAACAAAACCUAUAGAAAUCUUAGAACAAAUAGUUCCACAAGCUGAUAAAAAAGGAUAUCCAGCAAUUUUUAUUACAUGUGAUCAGCCACAUGAACGUAUUCGAGAUUUUGUAUUACCAUUAUUUGAAGAAGCAUCAAAGAAUAUUGAUCCAGAAUUAAUGAAGAAUAUGUCAAUACCAAAUUUGAAUAUACCUGGCAUAAUUGUUAAGCAACAUUUUGGUACCGGUAUACUCUCACCAAUUGAUGCAGAAUUAGCAAUUAAAUAUGGACCAAAUGUAAUUAUUGUCAGUAACCAUGGUGGUCGACUAAUUGAUACAGUACCACCAGCUAUUCAAUGUCUAGAAGAUGUCGUUAAUGCUGUAGAUGGACGUGCAGAAGUAUUUGUUGAUACUGGUAUUCGAAGUGGAACUGAUGCGUUAAAAGCAUUAGCAUUAGGUGCACGAGCUGUUUUGAUCGGUCGAUCAAUUUUAUAUGGAUUGGCUUGUAGUGGGCAAGAUGGUGUUCGAAGAGUAUUAGAUAUAUUAAAACAUGAAUUAGUUUAUGAUAUGGCUUGUUGUGGAUUAACAUCGAUUGAUAAAAUUAAUAAAGAUAUUCUUUAUAAACAUUAA